CCUUCAUUCGCCAGAGAACCUACCAUGGAAGGAGGAACAACGGCUCAAACGCUAUAGUUGUUGUUGUAUAUAUGCCCGAUACGGGAUGGAUUGAAGCCAAGGAACCGAAAACGGCGACACUUGUCCUCUCUGUUGUUAUAUAACUCAAACAUAUACUGUUAAGGACCAUAAGAUACAGAAUAUAAUGAGUUAGAUGGCUGAUGAGACUUUGACUUCAAACUUUGACAAGAUGACUGUGUGGCAAAGCAUCAUUCUGUUACUGUGUGUGAUGUGUUGGACAGUCAGCGGUUACCCAGGAGAGGAAAAGAGGGACAUGGGUACUCUGGAAGGGGACGUCCAAAACUGGGCCAUGUUGAUUCAGAACUACAUCCUACAGUUGGCCAGUGAUGGUAUCAAACGAGACUUCUCACAGUCGUACCUCGAUGAAGCUAGCUACACAAAGGAGGUGAAAAAUGGGACCGAAAUUGUUUUGGAGGUCAAGAAAGCUCUGGGUGAUUAUUUUGAGAAGAAGAAAAUUGCGGCCCAGGUGUUAGCAGACAAAGUGAAGGAACUGUAUGACAACUUUAUGAACCAGAAUAUGACUGGGCCUGUAGUGAACAGUCUACCAUCCCUGGAUCGAGAGUACUACAGGGACUCGGAUAUCCCAGGCACUCUCCCAAAUGAUCUCAUCUUUACCCCGAAUUUUCGUCAGAAAGUGGCCUGGAGCCAGUCGACGGUAAAGAUCGCUGAUGAGGUCCCAAGGGGUGACACUUCUACAAUUAACUCUAUUUAUUACACAGCUGCCCUUGAUGAGGUCUUCAAAAAAAAUAAAGCUGUAGACGAUUCACUACGGUGGCAGUACUUUGGUUCCUCAGUGGGCAUUGUAAGAAUCUAUCCGGGCCGAGAGUGGUCAACAAAUUUUGCUGGAUUUUACAACGAUUAUGAUCCUCGAGUUCGGCCCUGGUACAUAGCUGCCACCAGUGGCCCCAAGGAUGUUGUCAUCAUCUUAGACUGUAGCUUGUCCAUGGCUGGUGAAAAGUUUGCCAUAGCUAAAGGUGUGGCUAAAACUGUGAUCAACACUCUUACCAAACAGGACUAUGUAAAUGUCAUCUGUGCCAGGGCUAGUCAUUGGGACGAAGUUGGAAAGUGGAAGUACUUUUCCACUGAUGUGUUGAGUUGUCAAACAGACAGUCUAGUGCCAGCAACCAUUGCUCAUCGCAAAGAUCUCAUAGAAAAGAUAAGGAAGCUCAAAGCUGGUGGUACCAGUGAGUUGGAGAAAGGUUUUGAUAUAGCAUAUGACCUGUUGAUGGGUAAUGCCAGGACUGGCUGUCAGUCUGUUAUAGUGUUUGCCACUGAUGGCCAGGAGAUGGAUGGAGAAAAUGUCCGGUGUGGCCCAGGCUACUACACCAGGAGUGGUUAUGUGCCAGGACCUGUCUGUAAAUACAACUGGACCAAAGUAUUCACAGUGGCUGAUGAGAAGAGGAAGUAUUCCAAUCCAGAGCCACGUAUAUUCAGCUACCUGAUUAAAGACCCCAAGGAAUCCUUCCCAGGAACACUGGCCUGCUCCCAUCGUGGCAGCCUGGUCAAGUUGAUGACUGGUGAGAGCCUUAUCUCCCAGAUGAACAAUUAUUUCGAGUUUUUAUUCGGCAAUGCUAAGAGCACCAAAGCAUUUUGGACAUCACCGUACCUGGAUGCCUGGGACCUAGGUAUCAUGGUGACCCAUGCCAUCCCUGUGAUGAGUAGUGAUGGAAAAAACAUUGGUGUAGUUGGUGUUGAUGCCACAUUGGAUGAGAUUGAGAAUUUCCUCACUAAGCACCAGUGGGGAACGGUCUACUCCUUCCUCAUAAACAACAAAGGGGAGACAAUCUACCACCCAAGACUUAAACCCAGCACCAAUCUGUUAGAAGAUCCCAUUUUUAUUCCUAUAUCUCAAUUGGAGACAGACAUUGAUAGAAAGCCAGCAGAAUUUAGCUUGAUAGAACAAGAUAUGAGGCAAGGAAAGACCGCAUCUAAACAUAUUCCGAAGUCCAAGGAUGGAAAAGCUAGGACCUACUACUAUGGAGCACUAAACGAGUCCGAGUAUUCAUUUGCCUACAGUUUAGCCGACACUGACAAGGUAUUUAGGAGAUCUCAGGAACCUACAGAUAGGGGAAAAUACCCAGAUAGUAUUUUCAAUCUUCUGAAAGAAUAUAGAGGCAACAAAUCUCGAGAGCGUUUACCAAAUGUGACAGAAAGUAUUGAAAUCAAAGAAAAUGAAGAUAGGUAUCCUGGUUUACGGAUCUCCUAUAAGCAUUCCACAAUAUUCUUGCCGGCCAAGGCGUACUGUGACCCUAUAUCUUACCUGUAUGAUGAUGAUCUUGAACAAAAGACUAUUGAUGCUCACCUGUGGAUCAACAGCAUGAAUCCAGACAACAAGAGCUGUGGGGAACCAGAUCAGAAGUUUAAUAAGGGCAUUCGGACUGAUGUACUGAUAACACAACCAAUUGAGGACAUCUGGAGAAAUCGGUCAUUUGAGUCUUUAAACCAAGUGAAAUGGACUAACAUUGGUCUGAGAAGUGGGGUGUUUCGGACCUAUCCAGGGCAUAGGUCAACCAGAGGCUAUGAUCCUACCAAACGUCCUUGGUACAAAAGGACUAGCAGUGACCCCUGGAAGACCUCAAUAUCAACACCAUACAUGGAUGCCGCAGGUGUAGGAAAGAUCAACACUAUCUCCCAGGCGGUUUUUGAGGGCAUGACACCACGUACAAUGGAAGAGUGUCUAUCGAAAUCUACCAAUGGACCAUGGCCGGGAGGAUGCAAGUGUAACGUCAAUGAAAACUGUCUUAGUAGGGAAUGUUACAUAAGUAAGGCUAAAGGUCCUAAUCGUGAUGAGAGGAGAUGUGCCACGGAGCGGGUGGAGGGAGUGACAGGACUUGAUAUCUUGUAUGAUGACUUUCAUCAAAAAACCAUGGAGAGCAUGCAGGCCAGUGACUUCCGUCGUUCCUGUGGUCAAAACUACACCUGUCCCGACAAUGAACCAGGUUGUCUUACCAGAUGUUACUUGUUUGACAGUGAUGCAUUUCUGGUGAUGGACCCAGAGUUUAUGGUGGCCAGUGAUCUGGAGGAAAAUAAGUAUGAGAGAGUCCAGCUCGGAACAAAAGAAGGAGAGGUAAUGAAGGACCUCAUCUACAAACACAAGUUUUUUAUCAGGAAGGAGGAUACUGACUUUCAGGGGUCCUGUCGAAUUACACCUGAAGCUCCAAAGGUGACCUUAGAAGGCAUUCCAAAAAAUCCUGAAGAAAAAGAUGAUUACACCGAAAAUAAAGGCCCUAUUCCUAAGUUCAACAGUGAGUUUGGAUGUAUUCAGGACUUGGUUGGAUUCAAGGCUAACGACACAGCACUAGGGCCCAGUGGAAUGCUGACGGGAAAUGUGUCUGGUCCCUGUAUGUCUGGUUUCUACUAUGUGAUAGCUCUACCCAAGACUAACUUGUAUCUCCUUGUCAUAGAGAACUGGAAUGCCUACAAAGCCACUCUCUUCUACAACUUCAACUGUAAAAUAACUAGAAGCAUAGUAAACUCUGGUGCAUAUAGGAUAAUCAACGGAACCUGCGCUCACGAAGACAAGUCUACUAGUACCCUGGCCCAGCAGGGACAGUGCCCUGCCACCCGUGAUCUUGUGCUACCCUGUAAAUUUGUGUCACGAGCGAGUUCCCUCUCACAGACUCACUUAGCCAUUAGUGUGAUGAUGGUGCUUGUUUUAUUACAGUGUUCUCCCUACAGAUAAUAUUGGCUAACCACACAACAGGCCUCACUGUAUACACCUUGUGAUGUGUGGGAGAAUUGUUACAUACACACAGUGGAAUGUCCGAUACAGAAUUCUGGUACCAUCAAUUGUCAUACUGGUGUGCUGAUUGUUCAGCAAGACACACUCUGUCCAUGUAAGAUACAGUAUCUUCAUUUAACCUGAUAUAAUGGUAAUUAAAACCUAGCCAGAGUUUCCUAUGGUCCUAACACCAGAUGUCUGAAGUUUCAGGUGCAGACAAAACAAAUUUGCUAUGACUAAACACCUACUUUACAAACUAUAUUGAUCAAUGAGAUAUUGUAAUAUAACAUAUCUAUACUAGGAAAUACACUUUUUGGAUGUUUUGAAUUGGAAAAUGGGAAAAUGAAUAUCUAUAUUAAAUAGCACAUUAAAAUAACAUCAUUUAUUGAUGAUUGGUUAAAAAUCAAAUGAUGAUCAGGCUGUGUUUUAACACUAUUCUUUACUAAUGUUACAUUGAAUGGUAUCAUGAACUAAUUUCAAUGCAAUUAUUGUAUCAUGUGAAUUUUCAUGUCACAUGACCCACUUGUCACAUGACUGAGAUAUCAUGUUAUUUAUUGUGUGGUAUGACCCACAUAUCAUGUGAUGUGAUCAUGUCUUGGAUCAUAUGACACACACCUGUAUGUCAUUUACACAAAAUAAUACAUGGCCAACUAUGUAGUGCAAAUUUAUUGUCAUGAAUGACAUCAACUCAUUGUCAAAUGAAAUACCAUUUUCAAAAUUUUCAAUUUUGUUAUAAAGCGAUUUGCCACCUGUUGUGGUACCAUUAUAAGCUUUCCACUGCCAAGUUUAUGUUCUUCUUCUUAAUGGUCAUUGUUUUGUCACCCAAAACAAUAUCACUGUUUAUAAUAGAAAAAGAAUUUACAUACACUUACAUUUCAAUAAUACAGUUCUGGAUUCAUUUUCUGACCAUAUAGAUAAAAUUAGGAAAGAAACCUUUAAUAUGUAUUCAUUUAUCCGAAGGCCAAACUAAAUUUAUAGCAUUAUUUUAAUUUGAAAUACAGUGAAACCUGACUUUACUGACCACUGACUAUAAUGACAUCUUGUAAAAUCCGAUCAUAUCCACUAGAACUGGCGAGAUUCACUACAUUAUCUACGUACAUCUAUCCUGUUUUAUCUCCAAUCUAACAUGAAUUUUUAGUACAGAAAUGUAGUGUGCUGCUAUUUUCUCAGUGACUUUACAGACCUAUCCUUUGCUGAGAAAACACUUGUUCCGAUAAUGCUGCUCAUUGUUCCCAAGACCCGACAACACCUCGCCUGUACACACACAUGACCAUACACACACUGAGUGGGAUACUUAAAAUGGGUACAGCGACAAUGAAUUAUACCCAUACACGAUGUCAUACUUAUCUCACACAUUGACUCGGCCCCACAGUGGGUUGGUAACACUGACUUUACUGACAUACUGUCUUAUCCCACACAUUGACUCGGCCCCACAGUGUGUUGGUAACACUGACUUUACUGACAUACUGUCUUAUCCCACACAUUGACUCGGCCCCACAGUGUGUUGGUAACACUGACUUUACUGACAUACUGUCUUAUCCCACACAUUGACUCGGCCCCCCAGUGGGUUGGUAACACUGACUUUACUGACAAACUGUCUUAUCCCACACAUUGACUCGGCCCCACAGUGUGUUGGUAACACUGACUUUACUGACAAACUGUCAAAUAUCCCACACAUUGACUCGGCCCCGCAGAAAAGUCGGGUGUCACUGUACAAAGCAAAUUUAAUCAUUAUAGAUAAUUCAUUAAAGUAUGUUUGAUGACCAAGUAUUGGCUUAAUUGAUUUUCUUCUUUACAUUUUAAAAGCCCUCAGGAAGUUAUGUAUUUUGUAAAUGGCAUCAUAUUUUGAUAAGAAAAUGUCCCUGCACAGAAGUUAGUCCAAACUCUGGCCGAUUUCAGUGGUAGUACCUGGAACAAGAUUUAUAAUGACAUUGUGACAUGUAGUUAAAGGAUCUAGUGAUCUGCUCAUGUGUAACACAUUGUAGACUUAAUUUUAGAUUCAGUUGUUAUGACUCUCUCAUCAUUAAGUGGUGGGGAAUUCAGGUAAAUAAUAUGGAAACAUUGAGAAAGUAAAGACAAAUAUACAUGUACCAUUUUUAUUUGACUCCAGGUAAUUGUUGUUUGAUUAAGUCUGUCAGGAUGAAAAAAGAUCAAGCAUUAUCUGAACACUACUCAAGUAGGAAAUAUACACUGUGGUUUUUCUAAAGAAUAUAUAUAAUACAGUGUUAUUGUAUUGUCUGUUGGUUGUGUAAACAAUGCUAAAAGUAUCAAACAUUUCCUCACAUUCCAAAAUUUUCUUACAAGAAAAUCUUUUUUGUAAUUAUUUCUAUCACUUAUUAAUAUGGAAUCAUUAAAUACUUAUACUUUCCAUUUUAAGCAAUGUAUUGUUUGCUUUCUUUUAAAUUAAUAUCAUAUUUUGGAUCUCAGAAUAAGAGAUGAUGUCAAUACGAGAGAGAUUGCACACACUAAGGCCAGAAAAGAUCAAAAUAAACCUGAAUUAUCUCCCCUGUUGAUAUAAACAUGACAAAUUGCUGUUGAAUGUUUUUUAUACUACAUAGAUGGAUGACUUGAGUACACUACUAUAUGUUUGUUUACAUGAAAUGUGUGAUGUGAAAGAUUGUUAGAGUUUUGUUGUAAAUAUGAACAUUUACAUUUGUGAUACUAUCAACUGUAACGAUGAUUUUUUUUCUGUACAGACUUUUGAUAAGGUGCCUGUUAGACCUAUCUAAACCACUGUAAAUUUUCACAUCUCUAACCCGACUUGUUAGUCUCACAAAAGUCCUCACUUUUCCAGUCGCUAGAUUUUCUGUCUACCUUGUGUUGGUCUCAACUCUUUACCUUUCUAAUGCAACCCUAAAAAUAAUCCACGUACCAGCAUGCUCUACCGAGAAAAUAACCCAUGUUUACUUCAUAGUACUGUCAAAAUUAAAUCAUUACCCGUAUCAUUAUCACAAAAGUAUUCGAGAUAUUUUUUUGCAGAUAAUGAUAACCGAAACUACGCUUGACUAAUUGUUGGAUCUAUAUUUUGCCUCUCUUUAUAAGAACUUACAUGAUUAAAGGCACAACUCCAUGUAUAAGGAGUCAGUCAUAUGUCUGAGAACUUCCUGUCAUAUCUUCAUUAAGACCUCUUAACCCUCCCCAAGUACCCAAUCUCAUGUUUAAGAGAUCUGCCCCCUCCUUAAAUACUUAUCCUAGAGAUCUGCCCCCUCCCUAAAUACUUAUCCUAGAGAUCUGCCCCCUCUUAAGUACUGUACUCAAUCCUAUGUUUAAGAGAUCUGCCCCCUCCCUAAGUACUUAUCCUAGAGAUCUGCCCCCUCUUAAGUACUGUACUCAAUCCUAUGUUUAAGAGAUCUGCCCCCUCCCUAAGUACUGUACUCAAUCCUAUGUUUAAGAGAUCUGCCCCCUCCCAAAAUACUUAUUCUAGAGAUCUGCCCCCUCCCUAAAUACUUAUCCUAGAGAUCUGCCCCCUCACUAAGUACCCAAUCUCAUGUUUAAGAGAUCUGCCCCCUCACUAAAUACUUAUCCUAGAGAUCUGCCCCCUCCCUAAAUACUUAUCCUAGAAAUCUGCCCCCUCUUAAGUACUGUACUCAAUCCUAUGUUUAAGAGAUCUGCCCCCUCCCUAAGUACUUAUCCUAGAGAUCUGCCCCCUCCGUAAGUACUUAUCCUAGAGAUCUGCCCCCUCAUAAGUACUGUACUCAAUCCUAUGUUUAAGAGAUCUGCCCCCUCGUAAGUACUGUACUCAAUCCUAUGUUUAAGAGAUCUGCCCCCUCCCUAAAUACUUAUCCUAUGUUUAAGAGAUCUGCCCCCUCCCUAAAUACUUAUCCUAUGUUUAAGAGAUCUGCCCCCUCCCUAAGUACUUAUCCUAUAUUUAAGAGAUCUGCCCCCUCCCUAAGUACUUAUCCAUGUUUAAGAGAUCUGCCCCCUCCCUAAAUACUUAUCCUAUGUUUAAGAGAUCUGCCCCCUCGUAAGUACUGUACUCAAUCCUAUAUUUAAGAGAUCUGCCCCCUCCCUAAGUACUCAAUCCAAUAUCCAGUACCAGUAUUUUUUUUUAUUAGGUAUUACAAACAUACCUGUGAAAGUAAAAAAGAUAUACAUACCCGGUAUUGUGUUCCUUGUCUUGUUCAUACUAUCCCUCAGUGUUUGAAUUACCUACAUGUCAAUACUCCGUUUACUGUAUAUGUAUAUUAGAUUAUUUUUCCCAAAGAUAUUCUGUGCAUGCCUAAUUAUGAGAAGAUGAUAGUUUUUAUGAAAAUCACACAUUUAUCCAUUGUUACCAAACAAGUAAUUAAAAAAUCAUGCAUCAAUUUAAUAUACAUCAUUUGUGUAAAACUGUCAUAUUCCUUAAAUAGCCGUCAUCUCAGAUUAAUUGACAUCAUAAGUCUUUGUAAAUAUUUAAAACACUUUCUUCUGGCUUGGCAUGUUGGCAUAUAUGAAAUUAACACUGGAUUUUUAACCUUAGAAUAAUGUAACCAACGAACAAUUACAACCUAAACCCACUACACCUGAUUUGUGGUAGGGUAUCGCACUUCAGAGACACCUUUAGUACAUCUGAAAGGCUACAUGUGAUGGACUAGUACAUGUGUUAUAGUAAGACUAACUUCAGGACCGAUAAGGACAACACAACAAUCAAGCCUGUGAUGUUUGUGAUCUUAGAAAUCACUGUUGGUGUUACUUAUCAUUGAUUGUCGUUUUUUAUUGUUUUUUUUCUUAUUACAAUUGUUUUUCUUGGUAAAUGGAUACCUACUUUCAUAUCAUGCAAUUCAUCAUAAAGAUUUCAUUGAACAUGUACCAGAUAGUUUUAUAUCAUUUCAAUCCAGAUUAGUGUUUGAGAAUAGAUUUUCAAGUGAUAGUUUGUACAAUAUGUACUUUAAUUUAUUCUUUGAUAGAGUAGAUGUUUUGUAAAUAUAAGUUGUUUGUUAAGAGUAAGCCACUGUAGCUGUUCUACCUGUGGUACUUUAUUUAUCUGACAAUAAACCCCUAUGCCUUGUAAUAAGCCUAUGGGCUUAUUGUAGGAUACAUAUAAUAUAGUACAGGUGGAAUUAAGGAUUUUUUACAAGCGUCAAAUAUUUCUUUAAUAACUGCAUAUUGUGCUCAAAAAUUGACAAUGAAGUAGACUCAAAAUGUUUUAAAAUGAAAUACGAUGAUUAUCUUGGAAUAUAAAGUUCAAAUAUUACUGUAGUGUACAUGAGUUGGGAAAAUACCAGGUAGUGCAUGCUACCCAGUGCUAGGAAUGUUCUGUCCAGUUUUUACACCACCUUUUUGCACUUUAUGGCACAAAGAGACAUCAAAAUUAAAAUGACAUCUUUUGGAUCUAAGCAUGACCCACAAAAUUGAUAUUUCUGCCAAAUCGAAGACUUGAAAUAAAAAUUAUUCAAAUGGAUUUUAUGCAAUUCUGUCACAAUGAGGUACAAAGAGAAAUGUCUUGAGUAGAUGAAGAUUACUAAAUGUGAUAAUACAUACACUCGGUACGUAUAGACAGAGCAUGUUACCUGUAUAUUUUUUUUGUGUUUGAGAUUUUUUCCUUACCCUGGACACUGGACAGGUGUAUCCAUAUUGUUACUGUUGUGAGAUUUCCUUGUCUUACACUAAGGUUGAGACUGGAGGGUUCCACAUUUAUAACAAUUACAGAUAUCAUCGUGGCAACAAUACAGUAACUUAACUUCAUCAAGUUAAUGCUGUCUAGUCAGCAAUGCCGUUUAUUGAGGUAUGGUAAUGUCAACAUUAAAGAGGAUCAACAGGGUAUGUGAGACAAUCAAUCAUCCCUUGGGUGUGAGACUUGGGAAUCUCAACCUUCAGAGAAGAUUCUUUAAUUGCUAAACACUCUGUAAGCUUUGUGUUCAUCAACUUGACAAUCUUGCUCCUUGGAUUGAAGAUCCCUCUUCUCAUCCGGAAGAGGAUGAACAAAUAUGUUAAUCUCAGUCAAGAUUCGAUAUUCCGUAACAAAGUCUCAUUUGAAUUUAAUGCAUGUAUGUUUAAUGAGAUUUUGUACAACACUAAAACAUUUUUUAAAGUAAAGCUAAAAAUAUCUAAAUAUCUCUUUAAACAAAUCAGAGAGUUUUUUAUGUACAAAAAGAAGGUACUGCAUGGUCACAUGUUUAUACUUUAGGUGUUGAAUGUAAAUACUCACAACAUUAGUUAAUGAAUGGAGGUUUACUUAUUUGAUGAUGUUAGAAUAUUACUUUGUUAAUUGAUUUUCAUUAAAAUUGAAAAAAUAUAUUA